AUGUCCGGUCUACCAUCAGAGGCGCCGACCGUUCCCUACGAGCCCUUUCCCCUAAUAUCGGCGCAAAACACCUCGGUUGCGCCGGCAUCGCAUACCAACUUUCAACGACAAAACGAUAACAUUAAAUGCGGUUUAAGUAAAUCAAUGGCAAUACAAAACAAUGAAUGCAAAAGUAUUGUAAACUAUGGAGACAGGGAUCAGAUAAGUGAUCGGAUUGUGGGAGGAAUGGACGCCUCCAUAGCAGAGAUACCAUGGAUGGCAUCGCUUACCGUCAAGAAUAAGGGAUAUUGCGGGGCGACUAUCAUCGAUGAGCGAUGGAUAUUAACGGCCGCUCAUUGUCUAUACCCAAAUGUGAAUAAAAACGAUAUAAUAGUGAGAAUUGGUUCAAAUAAUAAGCUCAGUGGCAGACCAUUGGCGGUAAAGGAGGCGCACAUUAACCCAAAAUUUAUAACAAACGGUUAUUUAAUUAAUGACAUCGCGUUAAUUGAAUUAACAACUAGUAUCAAAUACGACAUGUCAUACGCUAAUCAAGUUUGUCUACCGAUUAACGCCACACUCAAUGACAGCCAUACGAUGCUAACCAUGUUUAGCGGUUGGGGACAAAUAAGUACCGAUGGUAAACAGCCGACGAAUACCCUGAUGAAAACAGGGGAUUCAGGCAGUCCUCUCGUGGUAUACCAGGGAUGUAAUGCUGUGCUAAUGGGUGUCUAUUCAUACGGCCAAAGCCACAGCACUGGCCAUAUAUGUGGUCCUAAACUCAUGAUUUUCGUUAGAGUAGCCAAACAUAUGCCAUGGAUUCAGCAAUUGAUUGAUAAUAAACAGCAGUCGUCGGGAAGUGAGGGCACAACAAAUAGUCAAAACAGUGAUAAUACCGAAAAGAAUGAGACACCGGUGGCCACACCAGCGAUUGAUAGACAACUAAUACUACUUACGCACCCAUCAAAGAGUUGUCCGCCGCGUGACUCGCGUCGCGACGGUCUCGAAGAGGUGGACGCGUGUCCGGCAGCGGUCGCGUCAUCAGUAGUAUCAGUGGUGCCAAAGCCAGCGAAUCGGAGCCGUAACUCAUAUAGCCGGUUUUCUGUUAUUCCCGGUAAUAGACUUAGACUUAGGAGCUGUCGGUGCAGCAAAAAUAUUCGAAGCAACCCGGACAAGGUGCCAGACAAUAUCACCGGCUAUACCAAUAGCAACCCGAACGGCACCGUACAUCUCAACCAUCAUAAUAAUAAUCAUAAUAAUAACAUUAAUACAAUUAACAACAACAACAAUAACGCCAACUAUCGCAGCAAUUAUCUGGCCGUAAACGAUGGUCAGGUGCCGCCCAGCCCUCACCUCAGCAUAAACCGUAUGGCCUAUAGUUUGCCCAACUUUAACGCCCGGUUCCGCCGGUCGUCGCAAAUACCCGGCGCCCGACCCAAGAGUAUGACCUCCGAGAAAGUGUUGGAAAAAGUGCGGCCCGAGUGUCGUUCCCCUUGGGAAGUGAUCAAGGGCCUUUUCCCGGCGAUCGGCUGGCUGGGCAAGUAUAAAAAAGAGGACCUGAUCCCGGACUUGGUGUCAGGCGCCACGAUUGCCGUGUUUCAAGUGCCAGAGAGUAUGGGUUAUAGCCUGUUGGCCAACGUUAAACCAGCAUUGUUCAGU